AUGGAAGAAGCUCUAAGAAAGUUCAUCGGAUCUACACACUCAUCCACAGCCGAUUACGAAACCGACCCGAAUCCUUUCGAGAAAAACUUCACUAACACAAAACCCUCACCGGUUAACCGCAAACCGACUUCAAAAGAGACCACAGUCACCGUCGCCGGAGUUGGAAGCGGCACGACUAGGUACCGCGGGGUUCGCCGGAGGCCGUGGGGACGAUAUGCGGCAGAGAUACGUGAUCCGACGUCGAAGGAGAGACGGUGGCUCGGAACAUUCGACACGGCGGAGCAAGCAGCUUGUGCUUACGAUUGUGCAGCUCGUGCCUUUCGUGGGUCUAAGGCUCGUACAAACUUUACUUACCCGACGGAUGUUACGGUUCACGAGCCUAGAUACUCCUUUUUCUCAAAGAAAUCUUCGCCGUCCGUUCGUUCUCCUAGCCCUCUUGCUGUUCCGUUGGAUCACACUACUCAGGAGUUUUACGGUACACCGGCACCGCAGAGGAGUAAUACACAGCCUCUCUUCUUACGCGACGCCCCGUGCUCCUCUCGCAAAACGGUGCCGUUCAACUCUUUCAACGGUUCAUCUUCUUCGUACACCCAACCUACAACGGCUUGCAUUUCCUCUUCCGCUGACGAAAACUACACGGAGUUUUUCCCGCAAGAAUCUUCUGAUACUGGUCUCUUGCAAGAGGUCGUUCAAGAGUUCUUGAAGAAAAAUCGUAGCCGUCCUCCGAAGCCGCCGCCAUCACCACCACCACAGUCUCUGACAUCACCGUUCUCCGGAGACUUCUCUGCGCUUUCCAUUGUCCCUGAAAAUAUCUUCCAACAGGCGGCGGAGCCUGUAACGUCGAAAUUAGAUCUCUACGGAAAUUUUCAAGCCGGUGCCUCUGGUUAUUUCGACGGCGUGAGCGCCGCCGCAGAUAGUAGUUUCACGUACGGAUCAGACGAGUGGGGCUAUCAGGACAUGUUGAUGUACGGUGGUCAGUUGGGAUGUACUUGCCGAAAAUCGUGGGCCUAG